UGUCCGGAAUAAUCGAUAGACGACAGUAUUUUAUCGUUUCUGGAGACACAUUCGCUACAAUUUUCUGAACAAGCAAUUUAAUUGUAGCAAAAUGUCGCACCCAAUAUCGUCAAUGAUAUCUUCUAUACUUCAGUGGGACAAACUGGGCAAUUAUCCGAAAGGAUAUGAUCCAACAAAGCACGGUCCAUUCGAUCCUUCUCGAUAUUACGGCACACCUGAUACACCAUUUGGCGAUGUCAAAAUUCGUGAAUUACCAGCAUGGCUUUGGCGACGUGAAAAAGGACUUGGAAAAUUAUUAGGGUUAUUUUCCCGAGCUUAUUGGCGUUGGAAUUUGAAAUAUAUACAACCUAGAAAGGCAAACAUGAGUCCAGUGUAUCAAGUUGCUGUUAUAAGUAUGAUACUUUUCUAUACAAUGAAUUAUACGCGCAUCAGGGGACAUAGAAGUUACAAAUAUCAUUAA